AUGACCGACGACCUGGAAAGUUUCGGCAGUCUCAGCGACUACAGCCUGCAGAUAAACCGGUGGCUGCUGAAACCGAUCGGUGCAUGGCCACUGUCCGCCUCGAUCUCAAGAAUGGAACGAAUUAUCUGGUUUCUCUUAAUCGUCGUCUGUUACUGUCUCAUACUAUCCACCGUUAUCCCUUCCAUACUUCAUAUCGUCCUAGAAGCCGAGAAUUUCCAUAUGAAGCUGCAGGUUCUCGGUCCGCUCGGUCAGUGGUUCGUCGGUAUGAUCAAUUACACCUGGUUGUUGCUUCACAGUAAAGAUAUACAAGGUUGCGUGCAACACGUGCAGGAAGACUGGUGUAUCGUGACCAGGUUGGAGGAUCAACGUAUCAUGCUGAAGAACGCGAAAUACGGCCGCUACGUGGCAGCUUCUUGCGCGAUCUUCAUGCAAACGAGCAUCAUGUGCAAGUGCCUAGUCACAGCGUUCACUACACAGGUGAUCGAGGACGGUAACGAGACUAGAAUUCUACGUAUGCUACCGUGUCCAGUGUACAAAGAGAUCAUUCCAGUCGACACGAAUCCGACGAACGAGAUCUUUCUCGCCACGCAAUUUCUGUCGGGUUUCAUCGUCACCGCGACAACUGUCGGUGCUUUCGGUAUGACAGCGGUGUUCGCCGGUCAUGCUUGCGGACAGUUGAACGUGUUGAUGUCCUGGAUCACGGAAUUCGUGAACCAGUCCAGGGAUGAGAAUAAGAAUCUUUAUUUUACCGAGAUAGGCGUGAUCGUUGAACAUCAUCUGAGAGUUCUGAGUUUCAUAGAUCGUAUUAAGAAUGUGAUGAGUACGAUAUGUUUCGUGGAGUUAUUCAAGGCUACGCUGGAUAUAUGCAUGCUAGGUUACUACAUACUUACGGAAUGGGAAAGUCAUGAUAUUCAAAAUUUGACUACAUAUUUCAUGAUACUGAUAUCAAUGUGCGGCAACAUUUUUCUAAUGUGUUAUAUCGGCGAGAUAUUGACUGAGCAGUGUAAGAAAGUUGGUGAGGUGGUUUACAUGUCGAAUUGGUAUUACUUACCCUACAAAGAUAUCCUUGAUCUGAUUCUCAUCAUUUUAAGAUCCAGCGUGGUGUUUAAAUUCACCGCUGGAAAGAUACUUCACAUGUCCAUGUACACAUUCAGUGACGUAAUCAAAUCCUCUUUCACGUACUUAAACUUACUUCGCCAAACGAUGUAA